AUGACCUCCCGUGAAGAAGAGGCCGUUGCCUUGAAGAAUGAAGGAAACAAAGCAUUCGCUGCUCAUGACUGGAUUGGGGCGAUCGAUUUAUAUACCAAGGCGAUAGAACUUGACGACCAAAAGCCCACAUACUACUCGAACAGAGCUCAGGCAAACAUUAAAUCCGAGGCUUAUGGAUACGCAAUAGCUGAUGCUACGAAAGCCAUUGAACUUGAUCCAAACUUUGUCAAGGCAUUCUAUCGUCGAGCCAUUGCAUAUACUGCGAUCCUAAAAUCCCAAGAAGCCCUUAGAGAUUUCAAGACUGUUGUUAAGAAAGCACCCAAUGACAAAGAUGCGAAGCUUAAGUUGGCAGAAUGCGAAAAGAUUGUUAAAAGGAUCAAUUUCUUCAAAGCCAUCGAUAUUGGAAAUCCACCAUCUGCUUCGGAAGGCCUCAACCUCGAUGAUAUGAUAGUGAAGGAUUAUGAUGGCGUGCAGUUAGGCAAGGAAAUGACGACGGAGUUCAUCGAUGAUAUGCUGGAACGUUUUAAGAAUGGUAAAAAGAUACAUCAGAAAUAUGUUUAUCAAAUUGUGAUGGCGGUACAAAAGAUUGUAUACGAUGAGCCAACGAUGGUGGAAAUGGAGGUUGAUAGCGAUGUACAGUUGACUGUUUGUGGAGAUACGCAUGGUCAAUUUUUCGAUCUUAUGGAACUCUUCCGACUCAACGGUUUACCCACAGAGAAGCAUUAUUACCUAUUCAACGGUGAUUUCGUUGAUCGAGGCUCUUGGUCAACUGAGAUUGCACUACUUUUGUAUGCCUACAAAUGGUUACGUCCAUCAGCAUUCUUCAUCAAUCGAGGAAAUCAUGAGACUGAUGACAUGAAUCGUGUUUAUGGAUUUGAGGGCGAGUGCAAGGCAAAAUACAAUGACCGUACUUUCAAGCUAUUUUCCGAAAGUUUCUCCGCUUUACCUUUAGCAACUCUCAUUGGCAAGAAAUAUCUCGUACUUCACGGAGGCUUAUUCUCAGAUGACAAGGUCACAUUAGACGACAUCCGGGCCUUAAACAGACAUAAUCAACGCCAGCCAGGUCAGGCAGGGUUAAUGAUGGAGAUGUUAUGGACUGAUCCACAGAAAGAGCCAGGUCGUGGCCCAAGUAAGCGUGGCGUAGGUAUGCAAUUUGGACCAGAUAUCACCAGGAAGUUCUGUGAAAACAAUGGAUUGGAGGCCAUCAUUCGUAGUCACGAAGUCCGAAUGGAAGGUUAUGAGGAGGAGCAUGAUGGAAAGUGUAUUACUGUCUUCUCGGCCCCCAGAUACUGCGACAGCACAGAGAAUAAAGGAGCUUAUAUCAAUAUUGGACCUGAUUAUAAAUUGGACUUCCACAAGUUUGAUGCAGUACCUCAUCCUAACAUCAAGCCUAUGGCAUACGCACAAAAUUCUCCUUUGUCAAUGAUGUAG